UGGGGGAUUUGCCCUCCGAGGCCCAUGGAUGACACUGCUCUUAUUCACUAUACCUUGACAGCCCUGUGGACUAAAGUGGUCCAUUUGCCUGCAAUAGGCAGUGGCAGUACAAACCCCGCUUCUUCUCCAAUGGGCCUCAAGCCAACCUUGGUUGAAAUUAGCAACCUUUAUGGCUGAGAGGGUAAUUCAGUCUCCGUGCUCCUUCGCUCCUGCUGCAGCUAGCAUCUGGGGAACAGCUAGUAGCAGUUGUGAGUGUGACAGUGGUAGCUUUUGUGAAAGUGAUUCUUACCCCCUAAGAAAGAGACUGAAACAAUCCACUAAUUUCACAGGUCAUUGAACAUCUAUCCAAUGGGUUUGGGUCAUUACUUACCAGGGCUAGAUUUAAGUGGGGUCAUAGAACACUUAAUGGGUGGCAAUAAAUUUCAAUUAAAAAAAACACCAACACAAAUAGCAGAAGUUUAAAAUGAUGGGUGGCCCUUUUUUCUAACUCUGAAUUUUUCUAUAAGCUGUUUGAAAUGUUAGAUUUCUGAUGCCAGUUUUAAUUAAAGGGAAUUAAAAAGCUGGCCAACACUUUUUCUUUGUAUGGCACAGAAGUAAAUUUGUGAGGUGGGCGCCUCACAAUGAGGUAUGGAUGUAUGUGUUCAAUAAGUUAAUGAAUACACUGUUUUAACUCAUUUUUUCUUCAGGAAGGUAUUUCUUUCAUGUCCCUUUGGGUUCAUGUCAGCUUCAGCCCCUGCACCAUUCUUGGUGUCAGAAAAAAUCAACAUCUGCUGUACAACACAACUGUGUCAAUUCCCCAACGAUGAAUCAAACCUUCAAGACACCAAACGAUGCACUCUCUAAUUUGUACUCCUCUGAACAACAAUCUGCCAUCCUGCAAGUGCUCAACACGGCAUCUGAGAGAGAGCUUUCCACCAUUAAACUAUUGCAAGGAAGAAAGUCUGUCCGUGUAAUUGAGCAUAGGGAAAAAUAUGGACCAUUUCAGAACUUGCAGAGUUUAUUGAACGUCCCUCUCUUUCAAUAUAAAACUGUUAUUAAGGUGUGUAAUUUUAUCCUCAAUCCAUCUGAGAAAGGAGAUAGAAGAGAGAGAAAAAUACGAGACACCAGGCCUUCAAUGAGGUUUAUUAAACCUGAAAUAGAGAGAGAGAGGUUGAAGACUUUAGAUAGCAUUGUGUCUGUUGUUUUUGGCACCCGUAAAAUUGCAUGGGCUCAUGUUGAUCGAAAUCUAGCAGUUCUUGACUGGCAACAAGAAAAGUGUGGUAGAUUCAUGAAAGGAACCUAUAUUCCAGCAGUAUAUCUGGAAGAAAUUUCUUCAGUAGUUUCUAAGAUUCCUGAAGCUGAUCUUUAUAUUCUGGAAAAAAAUGGACUGCCUGCUCAAAAUACAAAUCUCUUUCCUAUAACAUUACAUCUUCGCACUGUGGAAGCUAUGCUGUAUGCCCUAUUACAAAAGACAUUUAUGCAAGGUGGCCAGCACAAGGUACUAAGUAUGGCCCGAAGCACUGUAGGAAAACACUUUGGAUUGAUGGUAGGAGACUCUCGGUCUAGUGGAAUGGACCUGGUGAAGCAGUUUCUCUUACAGUCAAUUAUCCAAGAACAGCCCCGGUUGUCCUUUUCCCGGAACAAGGUGGUACAUUACAGAAACCUAUUUUCUUCAGUCACAGAAAACAGACAUGAGGAGAUGUGUGAUUCAUUACUACAGGCUCUAGCCUUCUAUGAGCUUAUAUUAAACAACACUACUUAAACCUUUUGCUGUUAUGAGUAGAACCACAAUAAACUUACACCUAAUGUUUUGAUCAAGUAUCAGAUAUUUACUGACACAUUAAAUGAUGUGCUGAUGAGCAGAAACCAA